GUUAUUAAUCACAUGGUCUCGUGACACACAACUUGUCGAUAUAUCGCCACAAGCUAGGCCGCAGAUCACUCUUUGUCGCCGCAGAUUUCUUGCGGAUAAAUUGGUGAUGAAGGAGUACAGUUUUGUCGAGUCAGAUGAUGACUCAGGUUUCAAAGAUGAUUCAAGCGUCGCAUUCUCAGUGCAAAGCGAUCGGUCAGAGCGUGUCACCACUUACAAAGUUAAAUCUUGGAACUGCUUUGCCACGAAAAAACAAGAGGUUAAAGUGAAACAAGAACAGGAAGAAAAUGGCACUCAAUGUGACUAUCCACGAAAACAAAACGUCUUUCAAAGAGCAACCAGGAAGAUCUUUGGCAAGACCAAGCGACUGUUUAACAAGAAGCAACAGGAGAACAAAAUUAGCAACACUGUGAAAACAGAAAAGAAACUGAAGGAAAAUCACACAGAACAGGUGGCAAUCAUAAUACCGUCAGACAGCUGUUGCAGUGUGAACGUGGAUCCAGCGCCUAACCGUCAAAACAACAGCUUCUUUCGAGCAGAGAAGAUGCGAUGCUCGAUUCGAGAAUCCCGCGGCUUGAACCCGCGGGAAGCUCUGCGGCUUCGCGAGAGACAGACAAUGCUUCGAGUUCUGUUUGAUUUUCAAGCAUGUGACGAUGAUGAUAUUUCCGUGAGUAGGGGAGAACUUGUUCAAGUACUCAACAAAGAUGAUAAGGAUUGGUGGUGGGUUGAAAAUGAACAUCGAGAAAGAGGAUUUGUGCCGCGAAACUUUCUUUGGCCCUGUGGCUGUUACGUGUGUCAACAAUUUAUUUUGGACAGAGUGACGAAUGUGAACCCAGUCCUCAGCGACCAAAACCCUGAACAUCAAAGAUUCCAGGCAAACGAUCAAAUAAUCAGGGAAGAAACAUUUGGCGAAAGAACACGGUUCAUUGGAAACAAAAGAUACACAAGUACAUGGUGUUAAAGACCUAGUCAUGUAAAACCUUGAAAAACUUCGCAAAAGAUAUGAGGCAACAGCUAAAGUGUUAGGCUGAAUGACGCUAAUGACAUUAGUUUUAUCCCUUCACAGCUUUUCUGACGAGACCACACUCACAAAAUUUUGAAUCUCAUUCAUGUAAUCAGUUCUUGGAAAGUGGAUGAAUAAGAGAAAUAAAGUUAAAAGUGGGCUGCUCACAUAAGCUGUUCAAACCAACCAGUUGA